AAUGUCACCUUCUUCGUUUAGGGUCAUUCCAUUUAAGUUCUUAGUGCGUAAAUCUAUUCAGGGAAAGUGAUUUUUUUUAUGGGUGGUGAUACAAUUUUGUUUGUAACUUUGGGAUAGUAGUAAAACAACGAAUCCGCGGAUUUAGGUUCGUUUGUAAUGGUGUGAUAGUGAAAAAUACACGAUUUCGUUUGAGAUAGUGGCUAACAGAUCCGUAAACAAUAGUCAUAAUGGCAGGACCGAAAUCUAAUUACAUUACAAAACAGGAUAUGAAGAUUAUCGAACAAGCAUUUCAACACAGAAUAGAUCAAUACAACCAACACAUAGACCAAUACGGUCCCCUGUGUACUGACGCAGACAUACUCGCGCCAACAGACAGAAUAACAGACAGCUUCAUCGCCCAAAGCCGCCAUUACCUCCCGGAUGUCCUAGAUCGACAAGACUGCUCAUCUCUGCACCGCUCAGAGUAUUCUAAUUUAAAAGAUGAUUUGGAUUACUGUCGAGGCGAAGAAAGACGGCGCUAUUCGGAUGAUAGCGAUGAAGAAACUGAAUUGCCCUGGAGACGAUAUUGGUUAUCAUUCGGCGAUGAUCCGCCAUGUUCCCAUCCACGCAUACUCUUGGCUCGAUUUGUAUGUCUGUAUGAUUUUCUGGAGAUGAUGCCUUGUCAUCUAGCCGUGACAAUAAGGAAAAUGUAUCCACAUUUGAGGCUACCAUACAUUGUGAGUUUGUUGGUAAAUUACCAUUAUGGCGGCGAAUGCAAAGCUUACAUGUCAGUUGCAAUUAAACUGUGCUUGAAAGCCCUGCAGUUGUCUCUUUAUAGCUUAAAAAGGAGACCGUACGCGGUUGCACAUAACCUUCGGUACUACUGCAAAUUGAUUCACAGGUACAGGUUGGAUGAUGAACUCGUGGCCAUCGCUUUCAGAGUUUUUCACGUAAAAGCGAAAGUAAAUUUUGUCUUCCUGAAAGAGGUGCUGAGCUUAAAGUACGUUUUAAGAGCAUUGCAGAAGUCUGGGUUGAAAACGAGUUUAUUGAAUGAGGUUAAACUUGGAGUACUAAGAACUGUUGACAGAUGUUUGUUCUUUCUUGACGAGAAGUAUGUGCAGUUGGUUGAAUUUGGCGCUAUCAGUCACUAUUCAGAAAAGGACUGCCGUUGGACAGAAGAAUUAAAUGCACCGAAGAGUGGAGAAUUAUGCCCAUUAGACAGACAAUCAGUAGAACAAGGAUGUGAACAGCAGAUCGACCCUCUGAGUAUGUUACGAAGUACCGAAACAUUCUGUCUGUUCCUAAGAUCGAGAAUCAAAGAAAAUUUCCGAAAGGAAGUAGAAUAUACACUGAAGGUUUUAUGGGCGUCCAUCCCGGAUCCCUUGCAAACGCAAGAAAAAAUGGCCGCCUGUUUGAAUAAGUUUAUGAACUUAUUAAACGAAUCUAAACCCUUAGUUGGCAGGGUACCUCCAAGUGCUGCUGAGAGUGGUAACUUAAUUCACGGUUUGGUGAAUUUUAUCCAAGCUACCCAACGAUAUAAAGUAUAUAUUUUAAAAUCAUUCUAUGAGAAUCCUGAGAUAACUAAGCAAACCUGGCAGUGGUACAAAGCUGUUGUUUUAAAAGAUGGCAGCCAUUUGGACUCGCCAAGGAGUUUACGACACUUGUCUAGGUGUGCCAUUCGCCAUAGACUUGGCAUGAAUUUUCAGCUGCCUAAUGGUGUACGAUCACUCAAUCUUGAUAUCAAAUUGAAGGGUUAUCUGUUGUUGAAGGAAUGCGGUCUGAAUCCUUUCGAAGACGAAGAUCAUUUGAAGGAAAAACUCAUCGAUUUGUACAGUUAGCAUUCAUUCGCUUUAUAUGUAACACUUGUAUAAAUGUCAAUGUAGUGAAUAAAUGUGACGUGUUUUGUUA